CUCCUAACCUCACUUUAUUAGCUUUUUAGGUUCUUGGGCAUUUAAAAAAUGCAAAACAAUACGGAUAAGACUAUAAUUAAAGUAAUGGAAGGAUCAAAAGAAGAUUUAAAGGAUCUGGAUUUGACUAUUGUCAAGGAAGAGUAUGAGGUCCAUAAGGCAGCAGCUGUUGGACUCAAUUUAAGCAAAGCAAAGCAUUCUCUCCUGAAUCAAAUUAAGCACAAAUGCUCGGUGUGUGGAGUUCAAUUCCUCAACAUCUCCCAACUCAGUAUCCAUCAGAAGACGCACUUCAGCCUAGGAGCUUUGGGAGACUUUAACUGCUCAGAAUGUCUGAGAACUUUUCGCUUCCAGCAGAGUCUCGAUGAGCACAAGCUUCGUGUUCACUCCAAUAAUGCUCCAUUGCCCUACAAAGCUUCUGCAGCCUCUGCUGGGGCUUCUAGGAGUGUUCAGCAGAAGUCAGAGCAGCCCGUUGUGGUGACAAAGGCAACGACAACGAAGCAACAGGCAACAACAAAGACGAGCGGAGGCGUCUAUCAAGCAGAAGUCGCGACAAAAGUCUUCGAAUGCGAUAAAUGUGAGAAGAAAUUCAAGAGCAAAUCGGGAAUAAAGUGGCACAUCCGUCUAAUCCAUGAAGGGAUGAAGCCAACAUUCGGAAAGCAAAAAUCCUUCCACUGCAGUCAAUGCAGCGCUUCAUUCGUCCUUAAAGAAGGUCUCCUCAAUCACAUGGAUAUGCACAAUAGAGAAUCAUUUGAAUGCCCUAAAUGUCCGGGAAAGUACACGGAUAAAAAGGACUUCUUCAAGCACUUCCAUUUGGUGCACAGAACGGAUUUCUCGUGCAAUUUGUGUGAGAAGAUAUUCAAGAAUUUUGCCGGAUAUUGGACACACAUUGAAGCUCAUCGGAUUAUGGUGCAGCAAAAAUGUGAGCUGGAUGAGGAGGCAUUGACGUGCAAAUCAUGCCGGAGGACCUUUCGGAGUAUUGAGAAGUUGAAGAUGCAUUCCCAACGAAGGCGAACGAUGCAAUGCGAUCUGUGCCAGCAGACCAUUUAUGCUUGUGAUCGAUUGAAGCACAUUCGGCACUUUCAUCGUAUUCCUUGGCAAAAGAAAGCAAAGAAUGCCGUGAAGAUUCACUGCAAUCACUGUGGGGGGGACUUCAGUGAAAAGUUACGAUAUGAAAAUCAUCCUUGUUUCCGGGAUCAUGUCGAGGAUGUCCUUCGGAAAAAACAUCUCCGAUGGAUUAAGAAUAAUGCAGAAGUGGAAAUUCUCGAGGGAGCUUCAUCAAUGGGCAUCACUGAUUUGAACGUUGAGAAGCCAAUACCGCCAAAAAUGCUGUUUGAAUGUGAAAUUUGUGGGCGCAAAUUUCGUACAAAAGAGGCAAUUCGUUCUCAUAUUAAUAAGGCUCACGUGCAAGUGGACCCAUACAAAGCGCUCUCAAUAGACAAAGAUGGUCUCUUCCAAUGCGACAUGUGCCUGAAGAAGGUACCCUUUGGAUCGCUGCGUGAGCAUAUGCGACAAGAAGGGAGGAAUGUAUUCCCGUGCAAACUCUGCGGGGGCCUAUUUUCGCGCCUAUUCGACCUGAAGCGGCAUAAAGCACUAAAAUUGACAAAUACUGAAACAUUCCAAUGCCCACAGUGUCCGAGAACUUUCCAUUUUAAGGGGAAUUUGAAUAUUCACGCUGCCUACAGCCAUGGGAUGCGUGUUGAGUGCAGAGAUUACAUUUGUAAAGUGUGUGGGAAGAAAUUUGAUCGUUCUGCGAAUUUUAGUAAUCACACAAAGCGUCAUAAAAUGGAAAUUUUGGAAUGUAAAGAGUGCAAAAGAGUCUUCCGGGGGCAUGUGGCUCUUAAGCGGCACAUUGGAGUCGUUCAUUUUGGGAUGCAUCGGAGUGAUUUUACGGGACAGAAGCAUCCCUGUGAGCAAUGCCCGAAAGUUUUCUCCAAUCAAUUUGGUCUUGAGAAGCAUCAGCUAUGUCAUAUGGCUGAUAGGCCUUUCAAGUGCAAAAUCUGCCUUAAAACCUACAAGCAUAGUCAAUAUUUAGCUAAACAUAUAAAGGACGCUCACACAGACAUAACCUCAAUUGCUGCAAUGGCGGAAAAUGGUGAAGCAACUGCAGAAUUUGCAUUUAAAAUGGAAGAUAAUGCGGAAGGGAAUGAAGACAGGAAGCCACAAAUUCCGGAAGGAAAUAUUCUCGAAAACCUCAAAAAUCAAGGCGGAGAACCUACAAAAAUUAUCAAAAUGGAGACCCAUGAAGCCAUAGAUGUUAAAGUUGAAUGGGAAUGAAUGGAAAGAAUCAAGGAAACGUCCUUUAGGUGCUAAAAACAAUCCAUUUGUAAACUUCUUUAGCUAAAAAUAAAAUUUUCCUUACAAAAAACAUCAAAA